AUGUCCUGUGAGCUCUGGAACGGUCGCCGGGAGCAGUGGCGUGCGCCUGUAAUCCAAGCUACCGGGAGGCUGAGGCUGGAGGAGCGUUUGAGCUCAGGAGCUUUGAGCUGCAGUGGACUAUGUCGAUCGGGUGUCCGCACUAAGUUCGGUAUCGAUAUGGUGCUCCUGGGGGAGCCCGGGACCACCAGGUCGUCUAAGGAGGGGUGCACCGGCCCAGGUCGGAAACGGAGCAGGUCAAAGCCCCCGUGCCGCUCAGUAGUGGGAUCGCGCCUGUGA